AUCUUUCUCUGAGGAGUCCUAAGUGAAGACCACUGCAUACUGGUGACUCUAACCUGCCAGACCUUCACAACACCAUGUCCACCAGGGGGAGAAUACCAUGCGAAGAGAAUGUGGGCAAACGGUUCUGCCUCCUCUGCCUCCCGCAGGCGAUCUCCAUGUGUGUGGCCUUCUCCCUGGUGGCCAGCAUGGGCAACGAGAGGGGGACUAUAAGUAACUGGUGCCUAGCCAUCUGGUGCCUCUGUUUCACCGUGACCGUCUUCGUCUCUAUGUUCGAGUGCUUUUACCACGACUGCAACUUUCCUUUUUUCUGGUACAAAUUUCCCAUCACCUAUGCCUGCUAUGUGGCCCUCCUCUGCCCUUCGACCUCCAUCAUCUACCCCGUCCUCUACGUCCAGUACCUGCCUGAUGGUCCUUCCCGAGACCGGGCCAUCGCUGCUUCUGCCUUCUCCUGCAUCGCGUGCGUGCUGUAUGCCAUAGAUGUGGCCUGCACAUGGAAACACUACAAGCUGAGGAACAUCCCCUGCUAUGUGCACACCUUACCAGGCCUGCUAAAGAUUCUGGAGAGCGCUGUGGCCUGUGCCAUCUUUGUCUUCCUCAGCAACACCUCCCUGUACCUGCACCAGCCGGCCCUGAAGUGGUGCGUGGCCGUGUACUCCAUCUGCUUCAUCCAGGUAGCUGCGGCCAUGCUGCUGAGGCUGAGGGGCUGGGAGAACAGACUGCCCCUCCGGCUCCCCAUUUUCCAUCUGGGGCAGACCUUGCUCUCAGUCCUCCUCUGUGUCAGCGCUCUGGUCCUCUGGCCACUCUACCAGUUUGAUGAGAAGUUAGGUGGACAACCCCACUGGUACAGCGAUAUAAGCUGCUUUGAUGAGCUCACCGACUAUGGCUGCAUCUGGGACCAACGACUGGCUGUGGCCAUCCUGACAGCCAUCAACCUGCUGAUUUACACGGCUGACUUGGUGUACUGGGCUCGCCAGGUUUCUGUAGGGACUGAGGACCAGCCCAGUACCCCUCUUCCCCUCCACUCACAGGUGGGUCUUUACAGAGCUCUGUUGUCCCCUGAUGCCCUCUUCCUGGCUCCCUCUCUCCCUCCUCAUGCCCUUCCCAUUCAUCUCACUCUCUUUUUGUUUCCUUCCCUCCUUCUGCUCCAUCUCCUUCCUAUUUUCCUUGGCUGCCCAUGUCCUAUUUUGCUUCUUUCUCUUGCUUCUCUCAUCUUUUCUGCGUUUUCUGCUUUUUGCCCCUUUUCUGGUCAUCCAUGGUUUUCUCGUCUCCUGAGUCCUGACCACCUCUCCCCAUUUUCCUUCUUCUGAUCCAUCAGGAUCUGAGACUCCUUCCUUCUCUGCCCACCACCCCUCCCACCUCCUAAGGUGCUGACUCCACAGCACACAGCCCUCUGUGCAGCUGUUCACACCCUGGGCCUCGGGAGGGGCCUCAUUGCGAAAGUGUGUCUGUCCCCCUUGGGGUGCCUUAGUUGCUGUGUGUUCCUGGGUUUAGGAGUGAGGCUGGGUAGCAAGGCAUCAGGCCUCCUUUCUCCCAAUAGAAGGGAGUGUAUAGUGCAUCUCCCCUUUAAGUAAAAAAAAAAAAAUCCUGGAGGUCACUGAUUCCCAUUGGGCGAGAGUCCUGAAACAGAGAUUUUGGAUCCAUGGGCCCCGCCUGAUGCUCAGCCUCACCUGAGGUUGGCUCCAAAAUUCUUCCUAGCUUACUAAACACUGGCUGCCUAGAGGGCAUCUUAAAGGAAUUUGGGGUGACUUCCACCCCCAACCAAUCUCUGGAGAAUCAAAAAAGGAGCUGGUGAAGAACCCCAGGGACUUGCAGACACCUGGCUGCAGUGUUGGUGAGGGGCAGCGAUGUGGGCCUCCCGCCUCAGUGAUCAAACAGCAGGUCCUGUGUCUCCAGGGAGAAGAGCAUGGCCACUGCAGCCUUAAGGUGAUGUUAGCCUGGGAUUAUUUUUUUCUUUCUUUUUCUAUCUUCUGGUCAGGAGGCUAAAACUUAUUGGGUGACUUAUUCUUAAAGAGAAAGUUUCUUUUCAGAAUUUCUUAGGCAGGUGGUUUGGGGGUGGGGGUGGUUCUUGCUACUUCCACUGUCAAGGGAAUUGCAUGGCUCGAGUGUGAGGUCACACGUAUGUGGGUUUCAGUGUCCCUGUUGCUUUCUGCUGCUGCUUCCUGAGUUUCUGGAAUCAGGUAAAAUAAAUAUAUAAUUAAAAAUUUUCUUCUAGA